GCACGGCGCUGGGGCGCGGGUGGCUCGCGCUGUGCGCGCCCCGGCGGCGGCGUGGUCCUGGUGGGCUGCGGUCCGCGCGCUGCCGGCGGCCGCCCUCUUCGGAGGUGGGAGGGGCAGACGGAGCAGGCGCGGGCCCGGCGGAAGCCAUGUUUGUGGCGCGCAGUAUUGCGGCGGACCAUAAGGAUCUCAUCCAUGAUGUCUCUUUCGACUUCCACGGGCGACGAAUGGCUACCUGCUCCAGUGACCAGAGCGUCAAGGUCUGGGAUAAAAGUGAAAAUGGGGAUUGGCAUUGUACUGCUAGUUGGAAGACACAUAGUGGAUCUGUGUGGCGUGUGACAUGGGCCCAUCCUGAAUUUGGACAGGUUUUGGCUUCUUGUUCUUUUGACCGAACAGCUGCUGUGUGGGAAGAAAUAGUAGGAGAAUCAAAUGAUAAACUGCGAGGACAGAGUCAUUGGGUUAAGAGGACAACUCUAGUGGAUAGCAGAACAUCCGUUACCGAUGUGAAAUUUGCUCCUAAGCAUAUGGGUCUUAUGUUAGCAACCUGUUCGGCAGAUGGUAUAGUAAGAAUAUAUGAGGCACCAGAUGUUAUGAAUCUCAGCCAGUGGUCUCUGCAGCAUGAGAUUUCAUGUAAGCUAAGCUGUAGUUGUAUUUCUUGGAACCCUUCAAGCUCUCGUGCUCAUUCCCCCAUGAUAGCUGUAGGAAGUGAUGACAGUAGUCCAAAUGCAAUGGCCAAGGUUCAGAUUUUUGAAUAUAAUGAAAACACCAGGAAAUAUGCAAAAGCUGAAACCCUCAUGACAGUCACAGAUCCUGUCCAUGAUAUUGCCUUUGCUCCAAACUUGGGAAGGUCUUUCCACAUUCUAGCCAUAGCAACCAAAGAUGUGAGAAUUUUUACAUUAAAGCCUGUGAGGAAAGAACUUACCUCCUCUGGUGGACCAACAAAAUUUGAAAUCCAUAUAGUGGCUCAGUUUGAUAAUCAUAAUUCCCAGGUCUGGCGAGUGAGUUGGAAUAUAACAGGAACAGUGUUAGCAUCUUCAGGAGAUGAUGGCUGUGUAAGAUUAUGGAAAGCUAAUUAUAUGGACAAUUGGAAGUGUACUGGUAUUUUGAAAGGUAAUGGGAGCCCUGUCACUGGGAAUUCUCAGCAGGGAAACUCAAAUCCUUCCCUAGGUUCAAAUAUCCCAAAUCUUCAAAAUUCAUUAAAUGGAUCUUCUUCUGGCAGAAAGCACAGCUGAGUACCAGCUAACUGGAGUAACUUUGCUGUUUUGCUGCUUGUUGCAUGCACACAGGAAUGGAAAGCGAGCUCCUUUUCCCCUUCCCCAGCGCCGUUUGACCUCUCCCAAGAUACACCAGCAGCCUGCUUACUACUAAACGCAAUCCAAAAGGCCUUUAAAAAUACCGUGUAUAUCAUUUUUUUUUGUACUAGCCAGUUUAUUGACACUAUUUGAAACUUUUGAAAUAUAAAUGGAGAGGCUUUUUGUUGAGACAUUGUCACCAAAACAAUUUUUUGAAAUGUUCCCGAAACUAACAUGGGUUUAAAAUUAAAAGGAUUGUUACUAUCCUUGUAAGUAGUUGGGAGGAGGGAAAAUACCACUUUAUUCCAUUUGGAGAAUAUAGGCUUAUUUCUUUUGUUUUCUAAAACAGCGAAAAUGAUGAAUUUUUAUAAUUUUAAUUUGAAGAUUGAAUAAAUAUUUUUCAUAAAGAUUGUUUUGAGUGCUAAUCUGUUUAUUACCUUUUGUAGAAUUGGCUUAUACGUGAUAUUAUUUAAUACAACUCUGUCAUUUCUUUGUAAUAUUUAAAAAAUAUUAGUAAAGGAGUGAGAGAAGUAGUAGUGAAAUGAAAGUAAUUUGACUGUACAGUUUGUGGCCAAAUUAAACAUAUGGUAUUGCUUCAUUUAUAAUAUGGUAGUAAAAUGAAAACAUCUUUGUAAGUUUUCAAUUCAUAUUCACUAAAGAGCUAAAUGUUUCUAAUAUGUGCUUGUAUAUUUUUUAUGGUGUAAUUCCAUGGCUUAAGUUUU